AGUGCGCGUAUAAAGCGCAGCGAGCCUCGCGGGCACGAGAGGAGGAGUUGCGGCAAGGUCGCGCAGCAUCACGGCGCACAUUAGCAACGGAAAGCGCGAUUCACGGACAUCUUCUGGGUCUUUAAGGUCCCUGUGAGCGCACACUCGGAGGAUAUUUCACUGAACGCGUUUAACUCGUCAGGAGUUUCUGACUGGAAGUGCUGCUGAUCUCAAUUUGCAUCCGCAUGUGCGCGUCGCGCUGCGGGUUCGGAGGAAAGCGCGGCGCGUUAUUUUAGUCUUCCUGCAGCAUCAGUGUCCGCGUUCAGUCACAUCCAUCGGCUCUUCGGCACUUUUAACGGACAGUAUCAGCUUUUGGAAAGCUUUUCUGACUCGUCAUGUCGGCAUCACCUCCGCCUCUCGCCGGCCCGGGCGACUCUCUCUCCGCGCCCGAGCCUGACGCGCUCCAACCCGCCGGUCCCACACCGAGCCAGAGCCGCUUUCAGGUGGACCUGGUGUCCGAGUCCGCCGGGAACGGGCAUACCCACGCCGCCUCCGACUCAUCCCCGCCCGCGUACGACGCCGAGCCGCCAUCCGACGCGCCUCGGGACUCAGCGGCUGGCGGCGAGGAAGCCAAGGGCCGGUUUCGGGUUGUGAACUUCGCGGCCUCGAGCCCGGACGCCGCGCCGGCAGACAUCGCGCAGAACGGGGACACGGUGAUGAGCGAGGGCAGCCUGCACUCCUCCAGCGGCGGCCAGCACCACCACCACUACGACACACACACCAACACAUACUACCUCCGCACCUUCGGGCACAACACCAUCGACGCCGUGCCCAACAUAGACUUCUACCGGCAGACCGCGGCUCCGCUGGGCGAGAAGCUCAUCAGACCCACCCUCUCCGAGCUGCACGACGAGCUCGACAAGGAGCCGUUUGAGGACGGGUUUGCUAACGGCGAAGAGCUGACCCCUGCCGAGGAGGCCGCCGCUAAAGAGGCGUCCGAGUCCAAAGGGGUGGUGAAGUUCGGCUGGAUCAAAGGAGUGCUGGUGCGCUGCAUGUUAAACAUAUGGGGUGUGAUGCUCUUCAUUCGAAUGACAUGGAUCGUGGGCCAGGCUGGAAUUGCGUACUCCUGCGUCAUUGUUAUAAUGGCGACGGUGGUGACGACCAUCACAGGCUGCUCGACGUCCGCCAUCGCAACCAACGGCUUUGUACGAGGAGGUGGAGCGUAUUACCUGAUCUCUCGAAGCCUGGGCCCAGAGUUCGGCGGCUCCAUCGGCCUGAUCUUCGCCUUCGCCAACGCUGUGGCCGUGGCCAUGUACGUCGUCGGCUUUGCAGAGACUGUUGUUGAGCUGCUCGCCAGUUCUGGUGCGCUCAUGUUCGAUCAGAUCAAUGACGUGAGAAUCAUUGGGACCAUUACGGUGAUCCUGCUUCUGGGCAUCUCAGUGGCCGGCAUGGAGUGGGAGGCCAAGGCUCAGAUAUUCCUCUUGGUCAUUUUGAUCACUGCCAUUUUCAACUACUUUAUUGGGUCGUUCAUCCCUGUCGAGUCCAAGGAGAGAUUUGGCUUCUUCGGCUAUGACACUGGCAUCUUUGCGGAUAACUUUGGCCCAGACUUUCGAGGAGAAACGUUUUUCUCCGUUUUUUCCAUCUUCUUCCCGGCGGCCACGGGCAUUUUGGCUGGUGCCAACAUCUCAGGAGAUCUAGCAGACCCUCAACUGGCCAUCCCGAAAGGAACACUUCUGGCCAUUCUCAUCACGGGCCUCGUGUACAUCGGUGUGGCCAUUUCUGCAGGUGCUUGCAUCGUGAGGGAUGCCACAGGCAUUGAGAGUAACGUCACUCUCACUGGUAUUGUAAACUGCACUGAUGCGGCCUGUAAGUUCGGCUAUGACUUCAAUUCCUGCAGACAAAUGGGUGAGGGAGGGAAGUCUGCCUGCAAGUUUGGCCUUCACCAUGACUUUCAGGUCAUGAGUGUGGUGUCGGGCUUCAGUCCGCUCAUCACAGCGGGGAUCUUCUCUGCGACCCUCUCCUCCGCCCUGGCGUCUCUCGUCAGCGCCCCGAAAGUCUUCCAGGCUUUAUGCAAAGACAAUAUCUAUCCUGGAAUCGGUGUUUUUGGGAAGGGCUACGGCAAGAACAAUGAGCCCUUGCGAGGAUAUUUACUCACCUUUGGCAUUGCCUUGGCCUUCAUUCUCAUUGCGGAGUUGAACGUCAUCGCCCCAAUCAUUUCCAACUUCUUCCUGGCAUCAUACGCCCUCAUCAACUUCUCUGUGUUUCACGCGUCACUGGCCAAUUCCCCCGGAUGGAGGCCGAGCUUCAAGUACUACAACAUGUGGGCGUCUCUCGCUGGGGCAAUCCUAUGUUGUGUCGUCAUGUUUAUCAUCAACUGGUGGGCGGCCCUCUUGACCAACGUCAUUGUCUUAUCUCUCUACAUCUACGUCAGCUACAAGAAACCAGAUGUGAACUGGGGCUCGUCCACUCAAGCUCUGACCUAUCAUCAGGCCCUGACACACAGUUUACAGCUGUGCGGAGUAGCGGACCACAUCAAGACCUACAGGCCUCAGUGUCUGGUGAUGACUGGAGCGCCAAACUCACGACCAGCCAUUCUUCAUCUGGUCCACGCCUUCACCAAGAACGUGGGUCUGAUGGUGUGCGGUCAUGUGCGCAUCAGUUCUCGGCGGCCCAACUUUAAAGAGAUGAGCAGUGAUAUGGUGCGCUACCAGCGGUGGCUCCUCAACAACAACUCCAAGGCCUUCUACACACCCGUGGUGGCUGAAGACCUCCGGCAAGGCACACAGUACCUGUUGCAGGCUGCUGGACUGGGUAGAUUGAGGCCCAACACUCUGGUGCUUGGUUUCAAAAACGACUGGCGUAUUGGAGAUAUAAAGGAUGUUGAGACCUACAUCAACCUAAUACACGAUGCGUUUGAUUUUCAGUACGGUGUCGUCAUUCUCAGACUGCGAGAGGGACUCGAUAUUUCUCACAUUCAAGGCCAAGAUGAUUCUUCAGGUCUGAAGGAUGUGGUGGUUUCGGUUGACAUGAGUAAAGACUCGGAUGGAGACUCGUCCAAACCCUCCUCCAAGGCCACCAGUGUCCAGAACAGCCCCGCCGUGCAGAAAGAUGAGGAUGAUGAUGGCAAAGCUCACACUCGGCCGCUGUUGAAGAAAGAUAAACGGAGCCCGACGCUUCCUCUGAACGUGGCGGACCAGCGGCUGUUGGACGCCAGUCAGCAGUUCCAGCAGAAGCAGGGCAAGGGCACGGUCGACGUGUGGUGGCUCUUUGAUGAUGGGGGUCUGACUCUGCUGAUCCCCUAUCUCAUCGCCAACAAGAAGAAGUGGAAGGACUGUAAGAUCCGCGUGUUCAUCGGAGGAAAGAUCAACCGGAUCGACCACGACCGCAGAGCCAUGGCCACAUUGCUCAGCAAGUUCAGGAUCGAUUUCUCUGACAUCACUGUCCUGGGCGACGUCAACACAAAGCCCAAGUCGGAGGGUCUGACAGAGUUUGCUGAGAUGAUCGAGCCGUAUAAACUGAGAGAAGACGACAUGGAGCAGGACGCGGCUGAGAAGAUGAAGAGCGAAGAACCCUGGAGAAUCACAGACAACGAGCUGGAGCUCUAUAAAGCCAAGAGUAACCGUCAGAUCCGGCUGAACGAGCUGUUGAAGGAGCACUCCAGCACAGCCAACCUCAUAGUCAUGAGCAUGCCGCUGGCCAGGAAAGGAGCCGUGUCCAGCGCUCUGUAUAUGGCCUGGCUGGACACACUCUCUAAAGACCUGCCGCCCAUCCUGUUAGUGCGUGGGAACCACCAGAGCGUCCUCACCUUCUACUCGUAGAGCGCUCACACACACACACACACACACACACACUAGUACAGAACAUCUGAUGAUGAUGACGACAGACGCUCCUCACCGAAGCGGACACCAGGACUGCUCUCUCCUCUACGCCCACAGGAGAGCUCUCACACACACACACACACACACACACACACACACACACA